UUUAGCAUAACCGUCGUAGAAAAAAAAAUUACCAUGUCGUACUUUCACAAUAAGGAGGGAAGAAAUAUACUAUUUUUUCUUGUGCAUUUUACUUUUUUUAUUCCCUCAUCAAAAGCCUCCAUAACCUUGACAGUAUCUCCAUCUGGUCCUGUGGAGGUGAAUCAGACAGUGACAAUACGAUGUACCUUUGAGAGUAAUCCAAUAGCUGCAUUAUUUUACACAACUGAGAAUCCAUCUACAUCAUUUUGUGAUCUUACGAAAAACAUAUCUGCAAACGUUUGUAUAGGUGAUUGUGCAUCAAAGUACACUACAGCCUGUCCCACUGAUGAAAUAUACAGUAUGGUGUAUCCUGUUCCUCGGGGCUGGAAUGGAAGAGGUGUUUACUGCAGAGGAUUAAUCUCAAAUGAGAGAUGUAAUCAAGUCAACUUCAGUGUUACUGUUUCAGUAACAUCAGUAACCCUGACCCCAGCCCAGAUAACCGUGGAUGCUGGUAAACAGAUAACUCUAACCUGUCAGACAGAUUACUGUAACCCAGCAGCCAACAUCACGUGGUACAAGGCAUCAGCCGUUCUGACCACGCCCACUACAGACACCACAGACACCGACAGUAAUGGCCUUAUAAGGACGACAUCAGUACUACAAUAUACAGGUGUGGCAGGGGACAAUGGUCAACAGGUGUACUGUAGAGCCACCAACAGACCAGAAAAGAACGUGGAGUCCAACAAAAACACACUGGAUGUAAGAUAUCCUCCAUCAACUGACCCUGUCAUCACAGCCUCCCCUCCCGAACUUCAGUACAGCAACGGGACUAGAGUAACCUUGACCUGUCAACUACCAGGAGGAAACCCUGUAGCCACGUUGUCAUGGCGAUGUAAAAGCACAGGAGUGGCAGGAACCAAUCAGAGUACCUCUACCAUAUCUGUAUCUGUGUUGUCAUUGGUGAUGGAUAGUUCCUACAACAAUCAGCAGUGUACUUGUACAGCUACUCACAGGCUCCUUACCAGCCCUAAAUCAAGGAGUAUGUCACUAAAUGUAUUUUUUUCAGUAACAUCAGUAACCCUGACACCAAACCAGAUAACUGUGGAUGCUGGUAAACAGAUAACUCUUACCUGUCAAACAGAUUACUGUAACCCAGCAGCCAACAUCACGUGGUAUAAGGCAUCAACUGACGUCACCAGUGAGGCUGCAUCCUCCACGGUCACUGACAGUAAUGGCCUUGUGAGAACUACAUCAGUACUACAGUACACAGGUGUGGCAGAGGACAGUGGUCAACAGGUGUACUGUAGAGCCAUGAACAAGAAAGGUCAAAUUGUCGAAUCAAGACGCCAUACGCUGAAUAUCAGGUUCAUUUCAGAGGUAGUCAUCCUUCCAUCUCGUGUUUUAAACUUAGUUGUUGGACAACGUUAUAUAAUUAUAAACUGCUUUGUUGAAUAUGCAUAUCCGGAAGAAAAUAUAGAGUACAGAUGGAUAAGAUCGGAUGGUUUUAAUUCUUCCAUUGUUGCGUCAUCUCAAACAUAUGUCAUAAAGACUGUCAGUUUUGAAGAUAGUGGUAGAUAUAUCUGUACAGCGAGUAAUUCUGCCGGAAACUCAAGUGGCAUUAUUGACGUCAGUGUGCAAUUUACUCCCCUAGCACCUAGAAUUGAAUAUGUUGUAUGUAAAUCUACAUUUGCUACCAUUACUUGGACGACUCCUUACACAGCCUAUAACGAUGUCAAAUUACAAGAAACACUUCAGUACAGUGAACAAAGCAAAAUAUAUGUAAAUGUAACAAAUGAACAACUGAAUAGCACCAAGACCAACAGGUAUAAUCAGAAAGUGGCCAUGCUGAAGCCUGGAACAGAAUAUACCUUUCGAGUAUUGACUUCAAACCGAUACGGGUUCACUUUUUCUAAUACUAUGUCAUGUGUCACAGACUCAGAAAGACUUGAAGAAAAUUAUCAAGGUUGUGACAAAGGGCAGAUAAUCGGUGGAACACUCGGUGGAUUUGCUUUUUUCUUUAUUUUGGCAAUGUGUUUCUUUAUUUUGUACAAACACAGACAAGGAAAAGGUACUUUUUGUUUACUAUUUAAAUAUAUACAUGAGAUAACCACAAUUUUCUGUAAAUACACUUUCAUAAGACUGAACAUUACUAGUAUCAGAAUUAAAGAUAAUUAAAAUGCACAACUAUUG